GCCAUGGUCAAAAAAAUUACGUUUGAGCCUGACCUACACGGUUCCCUAGUGCCAAAUAGUACUGAGCCGCAUAUUGAGGGUAUUGAUAACGUGCGAGCUGUGCAUAGCAGCAUUUUCAGACAUCUGGUUCAUCAACAAGAAACACAAAAUACCGGAAUUCCAGCUGUGUUGCCUAGAUCUCAAAAUCAAGGUACAGAUGAACCAAUAAGAGCACCCUUGGAUAAUGAGACCGAGACAACCUUAGCCGAACAACCUAGCUCAAGGACAGUUAUUCCACCCAGUUUGAAAUGUUUUCCGGUUCCAAAUUCUAUAUUCUAUACGUUGGCAGGUCUUUGUCCAUAUCUUAUGGAGAUAGAAGAUCGGGGCGUAGAAAAUACUCAAAGCACAGGCCGGUUUGUAGACAUUAUGAAGGAAUCAUCUACUGCUCUUAGCACUGUAUGGCAGCGUGUUCCAUCCACAUCGUUUACUCUUACACUGCUGAUUAGAUCCUGCCGUCGAUGGGUAUUUUUAAUGCCUGAAUGGCGUGGUUUUGACUUUUCUCCUCAUAAAGCUUAUGGCGUC